AUGAUGGUUGCAAAGUUUUUUUGUAUACUCAUUUCAGCUUUUCAAGUGAAAGGCUUCUGCUCCACUGGAAAAUGUGAAAAGAUCUCUUUUGAUGAGCUACAAGACGCCGAACAUGAUAAAGAGCUUGUCGGCCAUGUCUUCCACAACUCUGUCACUUUAAACCCACAGCAGUGUUAUCUGUGGUGUAUCAACGACUGUCAAUGUUUGUCGAUAAACUACAAGGUCAAGAACAACACCAAAUACUGCGAGUUGAACGAAGGCAGCCAUUUUACAAACAGGAACUCUCUGAAAAACAUCCAGAGAAGCGUUUACUACGUACUGCGGAGAAAGUACUCCACCAAGGCUCCUAACCACAUUGUUUCGUGUACUGAUGACGUCACAUGUAGCAAUGGCUGCUGCAGGAACAAUCCGUGCCUUAAUGGAGGAACCUGCAUUGAGCUCUGUGAACCUACAAGUGUUCGAUUCAACUGCUCUUGUCCGGUGGCGUUUGCUGGGAAAUAUUGCGAAAUUCAAAGGAGAAGCUGUCAGGAUUACAAAGAGGCUGGAUCCAGCUCUUCUGGGUUGUUUACUGUUAUUGAUGGCAACAAUAAAAAAUUCCAAGUAUUCUGUGAUUUUCAUUCAGAGCCUGGGUUUUCUUGGAACCUGAUUGAGUCAUUCAGUUUGUCCAACAAACACCUUUUCCAGAAUCACAUCGUGUUUUAUGAUGACUACCAAGCCAUCAGCGGUGACGUCCCAAAUUGGCAGGCGUACCUCAUCGAACGACCUUCCCUUCUUUGGCUUACAGGUCACUCGACUCACUGGAGAGCUACUUGUCAAUACAACAUAGACGGCACCGUGUAUACAGAUUACCUGAGAGCCUCACUUGAAGACUUUGACAUCAUCAGAGACGUACCCACGGUGGUAGAAACCUGUCGGCCAUACGAUUACGUCAACAUCCGGGAAAAUAAGUGUGUGAAUUGUACCGCACGGACAUGGUAUUUUAAAGGAGUUUGGCCUUUACAUAUCGACAGUGACCUUACCGGAUCUUGCGAUUUUGAUGGAAGCGACACAGACGCGGCCAUAGCAUGGGAGGAUAACUUUGGGUUAUACGCUACAAUAAACACCAAAUUCCGUUGUACUUCAAGUUCAGAUGCAACGACGCAGUUCUGGAUUGGAGGGACUGAGUGAUCUCAUGACCACUG